UGAGACAUCUUCCUUGUAGGUUAGUAUAAAUACUAGUCCUAUUGAAUACCAGGCAACACAAAGGAACAAGGAUUUGGUCCACUGCAAACCAUCCCUGUGCCACCAUGAGGACUGUACUGAACGUCUGCCUCCUACUCUCCAUCACUAUUGCAACAGGGUCAUGUCUGGUUUGUCAGACUUGUAAGAACUACACUGGAGACGCCUGCACAGAGCCGACCACUAAGACGUGCGACCCGUCGGUCACCAGAUGCCUCACCACCUUGACAGUUAUGCAGAUUGGUGAAAAGCUUUAUCCGAUGGUCGAAAAAUCCUGUGCAACCAGUCCACAGUUGUGUGAGCUAGCGUACAACAUGUCUUCAGGAAUCGAACUGUAUAGUGUCUCGAAGUGCUGCCAAGGAGACCUGUGCAACAAAGGAUCGAUCAAGUUGCCCCCGAUAAACAGCACCGAGAACAGGGUGCAGUGUCCGGCCUGCUAUGCUAAAGCAAAAACCUGCACACCCACCGGGACCAUCAAAUGUCGCGGAUCGCAGACUAAAUGCUUCAACUUCUCCGGCGGAAUCUACAACGGCACUCAGUUUGAAGAUUGGGCCUUCCAGGGAUGCACCACAGAGAAUAUCUGUGAGUAUCCAGCUCCAACCUACCCUGAGAAUUACUUACAAGAAGGCUACAAACUGACCUGCUCCGACUCCAAACCCUGAAGAAACCAGCAGCGGAGGAGCCCAGAAUAUUUGUUAAAGGGGUUGUCUGACAUUUUCAUACUGACGGCCUAUCCUCAGGACGGAUCAUCAAUAUCAGGUGGGGGGGCGACACCCAGCACCCCUGCCGAUCAGCUGUAUGAAGGAGACCUCCUUCUACCAUAUCCAGCACAGCGCCACAGAUUGUGUAGUGGCUAUACUUGGUAUUGCAGUCUAGGCUGAUACACAAUGUUGCGCCAUGUGACUUCACUUGCCCUAGAAAGAGCCGUGGUACUCACCAGAGCCGCAGACUCUUCACACAGCUGACUGGAAGUGGUGUCAGGAGUCAGAUCCCCACCACCACCACCGAUUAUCUGAGGAUAGUUCCUUAAAAUCAAAGUCUUGGACAACCCCUUUAAACCUUUCACUGUCAGUUGUUACAGUCAAAUCUGUGUCUCCAGUUGUCAGAUGUAUUUUAUGCAGAAUAAAUAUUAUUCUACAACGUAAA